AUGACGAUGAUCGCCAACAUUGCUUUACGCGCUGGUACCAGUUCACGGCUGUCAACCACCAUCGUCACUGCUGCCUUUGGAAGCAAGCGUUCCAGUUGGAAUUACGCACAGAGUGGUUCUUCACGAAGAUUUAUCUCCCAAUCCACUGCUAAAGCGAUGCGUUUCGUUCAGUACCGUUCCGCGACCACGGGUGAAAAGCAGCGGCUCGGUGUGUUAUCUGAAGAUGGUACGCAGGUAUCCGACAUCUCUGACCGAUAUGAAGGUGACCUGAUAACGUUCAUCCGUUCGGGUGUUUCGCUCGAUGAGGUGAAAGCGGCCGCCUCUAAGGCAACUCCGUUGAAGGUGGACAGCGUGGAACUGCUGUCCCCCGUUACCAACCCGCAGAAGAUUCUGUGCGUCGGUCUCAACUAUAGUGGUCACUGCGAGGAACAGAACAAACCCAUCCCGAAGGAACCGAUGUUCUUCAGCAAAUAUGCGACGACCAUCGUUGGUCCGCAUGACAACGUUAUCGCCCACAGGAUUUCUGAUCAAAUCGAUUGGGAAGUAGAGCUGGCGGUCAUCAUCGGCAAGAAGGCCAAAAGUGUGACCAAAGCGAACGCAAUGGAUUAUGUGUUUGGGUACACGGUGGCUCAGGACAUUUCGGCACGCGACUGGCAGAAGUUGCGCAACGGUGGUCAGUUCCUGAUCGGUAAAUCGAUGGAUACCUUCUGUCCGCUCGGACCGGCCGCUGUUCACAAAUCGCUGGUUAAGGAUCCACACCAGCUGGCCAUCAAGUGUAGCGUGAAUGGCGUGGAGAAGCAGAACGGAAGCACGAGUGAGCUAAUUUUCCGCAUUGACGACAUCAUCGAACGGGUUACACAAUCCAUCACGUUACUUCCGGGCGAUGUAAUCCUGACGGGAACACCGGCCGGAGUAGGUAUGCAUCGCAAGCCGGCUGAAUUUCUCAAACCGGGCGAUGUUAUCGACAGCGAGAUUGAAGGCUUGGGAAAGAUCAAGAAUAAGGUCGUAGCAGACUCCUAA